AUGGGCAGCAACCGGCGUGCUCCCGGGCAGCCGGACUGGGCGGGCAGCCUCCUCCGUGUCUGGGAGGUGGCGGCGCAGACGCCACUGCUGCCGCUGCUGCUGGUGCUUCUGGGCUGCCUGGGCCGCGGCGCAGUGGCGGAGGACGCAGAAGUCGACGCCGAGAAGUGGCUGCGGCUCUAUGGCUACCUACCGCAGCCCAGCAGCUACAUGUCCACCCUGCGCUCCGCCCAGAUCCUGGCUUCAGCCCUUGCCGAGAUGCAGCGCUUCUAUGGGAUUCCGGUCACCGGUGUGCUUGAUGAAGAGACCAAGGCGUGGAUGAAGCGGCCCCGCUGUGGGGUGCCAGACCAGUUUGGGUUGCAUGUGAAGGCCAACCUGCGGCGGCGGCGGAAGCGCUAUGCUCUCACUGGGAAGAAGUGGAAUACAUACCACUUGACCUUCAGCAUCCAGAACUACACACCCAAGCUGGGCUGGUACCACUCACUGGAGGCGUUGCGCAGGGCCUUCCAUGUGUGGGAGCAGGCCACACCGCUGGUCUUCGAGGAGGUGCCCUAUGAGGACAUCCGGCGGCAGCGGCAGAAGGAGGCUGAUAUCAUGGUACUCUUUGCCUCCGGCUUCCAUGGCGACAGCUCACCAUUUGACGGCACGGGUGGCUUUCUGGCCCACGCCUAUUUCCCCGGCCCCGGCAUGGGCGGAGAUACCCAUUUCGAUGCAGAUGAACCCUGGACCUUAUCCAACACUGAUGUGAAUGGAAACAACCUCUUCCUGGUGGCGGUGCAUGAGCUGGGCCAUGCGCUGGGGCUGGAGCAUUCGAACAAUCCCACCGCCAUCAUGGCGCCCUUCUACCAGUGGAUGGACACAGACAACUUCCAGCUACCCGAGGACGACCUCCGGGCCAUCCAGCGGCUCUAUGGCACCCCAGAUGGUCAGCCACGGCCCACACAGCUCCUCCCCACUGUGACACCACGGCGGCCAGGCCGGCCAGACCACCGCCCUCCUCGGCCCCCACCCCCAGGCAGGAAGCCAGAACAGCCCCCAAAGCCGGCUCCCCCUGCCCGGCCCCGAGCCCCGGCGCGGCCUGGCCAGUAUGGCCCUAACAUCUGCGAUGGGAACUUUGACACAGUGGCCGUGCUGCGUGGGGAGAUGUUCGUGUUCAAGGGCCUCUGGUUCUGGCGGGUCCGGCACAACCACGUCCUGGACAACUAUCCCAUGCCUAUCGGGCACUUCUGGCGUGGCCUGCCCGGUAACAUCAGUGCUGCCUAUGAGCGCCAGGAUGGGCGUUUUGUCUUCUUCAAGGGUAACCGCUACUGGCUCUUCCGAGAAGUGAACCUGGAGCCCGGCUACCCCCAGCCACUAACCAGCUAUGGCCUGGGGAUCCCCUACGACCACAUUGACACGGCCAUCUGGUGGGAGCCCACAGGCCACACCUUCUUUUUCCAAGAGGACAGGUACUGGCGCUUCAAUGAGGAGACGCAGCAUGGAGACCCUGGCUACCCCAAGCCCAUCAGUGUCUGGCAGGGGAUCCCUGCCUCCCCGAAAGGGGCCUUCCUGAGCAAUGACGGAGCCUACACCUACUUCUACAAAGGCACUAAAUACUGGAAGUUCGACAACCAGCGCCUGCGCAUGGAGCCCGGUUACCCGAAGUCCAUCCUGCGGGACUUCAUGGGCUGCUACGAGCACGUGGAGCCCGAGCCCGGGCCCCGAUGGCCCCACGUGGACCACCCGCCCUUCAUCCCUGACGGAGACGGAGACACGAUGCCGAGUGCAGGUGACAGCCAGGAGGAGGCGGGGCCUGCCAGCGAGGAGGACUUCGAGGCCGGGGAGGACCAGGAUGGGGGCAGCCGCGUGGUGGUGCAGAUGGACGAGGCAGCGCGGACGGUGAACGUGGUGGAGGUGUUGGUCCCGCUGGUGCUGCUGCUGUGCCUCCUGGGCCUCACCUACGCGCUGGUGCAGCUGCAGCGCAAGGGUGCACCGCGCAUGCUCCUCUACUGCAAGCGCUCCCUGCAGGAGUGGGUCUGA